AUGGACGGAUUCAACAAGAUGCAGGCCCCGUCUGGCUAUCAGGAAAUUCAAUGGCUAGCCGACACGUUCGUUGCAUUCAUGGGGCUCGGCUGGAUCGUCAACUACGCCUUGAUGAUCUGGCACUCCAAAAAGGGCGAAACAUACAGCAUGGCUCUUGUUCCGCUCUGCAACAACAUCGGCUGGGAGCUCGUAUACACGAUGGUAUAUCCAUCCUCGAACAAGGUUGAGCUAGCCGUCUUUGCGGCCGGUGUCACCCUCAACGUCUUCAUCAUGAUAGCUGCAGCCCGUUCAGCAAGGAUGGAGUGGAGUCACUCUCCCUUGGUUGCGGACCAUGCAGCCUUGCUUCUCCUUGUGGGAACCUCGAUAUGCUUUGCCGGUCAUGUUGCGUUGGCGCUGGAAAUAGGGCCUGCGCUGGCCUACUCCUGGGGAGCCGUCAUAUGCCAGCUGGCCUUGAGUAUCGGCGGCCUUUGCCAGUUGCUGCAGAGAAACAGCACCAGAGGAACAUCCUGGGCAUUGUGGUCUAGUAGGUUUCUUGGGUCGUGUUGCACCGUUGGCUUUGCCUUUCUUCGGUGGAAGUAUUGGUCGGAGGUGUAUGGCUGGCUGAGCAGCCCGCUCAUUCUCUGGAGUCUUGCCACUUUCCUGCUCGCCGACUCCAUGUACGGAGUCUGCCUGUACUUGGUGUCACGAGCGGAGAAGAGCUCCGAGAAGCUUGAUUGA